GUUGCACAACAGAGGAGGAGGAGAUUUUUCCCCCUUCACUCCUUUUGGACUUGAAGUCCAGACCUCAGAGCAAAAAAGUUUGGUCUGAAAAAAGGUAUUGAAGAUGAAGAAGCUGUUGGUGUUCCUGCUUUGCUUGGUUUUGACCAUCUCCACAGAUGCCAACCCCAUCAUCAAGGAAAGCUUUGCUAAGCAGCUUCUGCGCAGCAAGAGACAGGAGAGGCCAAGGACGGCGGGCCACCCAGAUGAACCCAUGAGGGAGCACAUGCUUCACAUGCAAGCUCUGGACCAGAGAGCGCAGGAGACCAACAUGGAGCACUGGCUCAACCCUCACUGCUACCCACGCUGUGACAGGAACUAUGGCUACCCUGUCUGACGAUCCAUGAACAUAAAGAGAAAAAGCGGCGCCGCCUCGGUAAAACGAAAUGGAAAGACUUCUUCAAACGGAUCCGUCAAUACAAGUGAAUGGAUAGUGAAUAUAUAAUGGAUCUUGGCUGUCUUAAUAAUGCAUGUUCGUUUCUUAGAAUAUAUGUAUUUCCAGUUGUUAUCCUAUAUCAUAAUAUGGUGUGUGGAAUGAGUGAAUAAAAAAUAUAACAAUCACGAUUGAAUAAUUCCCCAAAUAAAUUAAUGCUGCAGUAAUGCGGUAGUAUAA